AUGCUGAGCCUUCUAUUUACCGGCCUAGUCUGGUUUGCCGUGGUUCCACUUCGCGAGGUUCCCGCUUUUGGCCUAGUUGUCGCGGUAAUCUUCCAAGAAGCCAUGAGAUUCGCCCUAUUUAAGCUUAUCUCCAAGACCGACGCCGGAUUGCAUGCAAUCGCCGUAUCUGCACGGGCCUCUGUCCAUUUUGCAGGGUCUGGACAUCCACCAGAAGUUGCUUGUUCUUCUUCUCCACAAUCACCAGAAUCGAUCUUACCUCCCGUUGGUUCUCAAAACAUUUCGAUAGCACCUUGUUCUAGCGCCUUAGAAUCUCCCUUAUCAACUAACAACCCAUUAUCAGCUGGUCUGUCCGAACGAAAGAUUCUCGAUGAUGCAGCAAACGAUAUCACCUCUGUCGAACCACAAAUUGCAACUUCGAGUAGUGGCGAUUGCAGUGGCAAUCUAUAUCAGCGCAUCUCUGUGUCGACUCGGAAACCUGUCAUCACAAAUCUGGUGCCAAUCUCGGCAACCGGACUCGCUAUGCUGAAUGCUGGGUUGGCGCAUGAUGUCGUUCAAAACAACCAUUUAGAAACAAACGUUCCAGACACCUGCACUAUUGGUAAGCUUUGCUUUGAUCUGGGCCAAUUUGGCAACAGCCAAAGACAUCUCCAGUGUGCACGAAUAUAG